AGGCAAGUGUCUCCAUGCAGUCUACACUCAGCCUGCUUUUACCUAGGACUGAGAUAACGUUGAAUGUCAUCAUAACUCUGCAUCACGUUUUUGCUCAGCUUGCUGUAUUAUACACCCUGUUUAUUUUGUUUAUGAUUACUGUACAGGUAUUCUUUCUCCAAAAAUCCCAUGCUGCCAACUAUAGUCACAAAACCAAAUUACGUACCGAUCGGACAAAGGACCAAGCUGAGCUCUACUGAUAUCCUGAGAGUAAACCGACUGUACUCGUGUGAUGCUACUACAAAUCGUAUGCCAGUUUCCAUCACAAGGCCUCCCACAACCACAACCACAACCACAACCACAACCACAACCACGGAAAAAACAUCUGUUGCCAACGAUUGGCUGCAAUAUCAUGGACCCCCUUUAAUCCAAUUAGACAACGAUUGUGGCGGAUUAUUACAGAGUUCAUCCGGGGAAAUCUUUUCUCCAAAUUAUCCUAAUCUAUACCCAAACAAUAAAGACUGCCAGUGGAGAAUAAGGGCCACAUCAAGGGUAGUGCUAAUAUUCCAGUCCCUGGAUGUGGAAUACUCUGUGAACUGCUUGUGGGACUACAUUGAGGUGCAUGAUGGGACCUCCAUUGACUCCAGGACUGUGGGACCCAGGCUGUGUGGCUUCUACAUCCCCAAGCCCUUGACAUCUUCUGGCAAGGACCUGCUCAUCGUGUUCCACAGCGAUGAAAACGUGGCCAACAAAGGAUUUCAUAUAUCCUACAUGUUAUAUAUUUAAAUAGGAGAACAUGUCACAAGCUGCGAGUAAUAUCCUUCACAGAGGGAUGGGGGGAGUCAAGAAGGCACUAUUUCAACCCAGAGGAAGGAUACACAAUCUAAAAUAUAGCAAGUCACAAUAAAAUUCACUUUGCUGUCCUUUACCUGACAAAUAAGGCUCUUUACAAAGUCUGGUGUUUGAGCACCUAGAUUGCUGUGAAGGAAUCCAAGAAUCCUGUCUACUUUAUUAUUUUCAUGAAAACUUGUUAAAUGAAUCCCCCAUCUCAAAAGGA